GCAUUCUCUCUUCUCUGACCAAUUGGGUAAGGCCUGUCAAUGCUCAGUAUUCACAAACAGGUGGGGUAUGCAAAGUGGAAAGGCCUUUUAGGGACACUGUCAGUGAGAAAAGCAGGCAGGCCUAACUCAAGUGGGUUUGGGGUUCAUUUCUGGUUUUUGCUGCCACAGAUAAUACAUCCAGUUGACCUGCUCUUUUCACCUCAUUAAUGGGUAUCUGCCUCAUUAGGGUGGAGGGGACUGUGAUAGUCCUUGUGAUAAUUGCCUAGUGAUGGCAAACAGCCAUGAUGAGAUGUGAGGAAGAGAGCAGAGACUGUGGGAGCAACUGCGCAAGAGCUGUGUGGCUGCUGGGAGGUGCUCUGAGAUAUGCAGGAAGUGAGGUGAGGCGAGGCGCUCAACCAGCAGCCCACAAAGAUCUUCCUGGCUGUCUUAUGCAGACCCAGGCAGCAACCCCACAGUGGCCUUGGUAAGUGCCUGCCCCAUCCUCCAUUCUGGGACAGUCCCCAAGCCUCUCCAAGCCCUGGGGUCUGGGAGGACCAGUCCCUUGCCUGGGCAGGCCGUUGAGACUUGGCUGUAGGCAGGUUAGUCAGCUUGGGCCCCCUCUGUAAGAAGCGUACACCCCAAGCCUGAACAUAUAGGCCCUCUCCUCAGAAGGCUGUUCACCCUGAUUUUGCUCAUCUUAAACUCCUGGGCGAGCCCCUAAUCAGCUCUACUGAGGGCAGCUCCAGGAAAAGCAAGAACUCUGGGAAGAGGGGAGUAGGUUGGGGGUACUUUUCCCUCCUAAUAGUUCCUCUUGUUCAAUGACCCCCAACUAAGCGUCUGUACUAAGCAGCCUAGGAACAUUACCUGACACAAGGGCUCACUCCUGGUCAGUGGUGGCUGGAGUUGGUUUGUGGUCUGUGGCUGAAAGUCAGUAAUGUCAGAGAUUACCCGAGGUGAUGGGGUAUGAACCACAAUGAGUUUAGUAUAGCCUUGUUCAGUUCAGGUCAUAGCUGCUCUGGCCAUGCUCCUCUUACCGCCAUAGCCAUUUCUGAUAACUGAAGGAAUAGGCAGAGCACCUCUUUUACCAGGAACCCUAGCUAGAGUAGGAAAAGUGAGUGUUCCCAGGGCAGGGCAAAAAUGCAAGGCCUGGGGGUUUCCGGUGUGCUGAGUCAACCAGGGAGGAAGAACCCGCUAGCUGGGCAAGAUCUGCAAGUAGGCUGCAGGUGUGCACUGGUCUCUCAGCCAGCCCCUAGUCUUAUCUUUUUUGUCCCUAGGUGCCCCUUUUCCUGCCUCACAGGAUGAGGCCACCAGUGCCUUCAGCCCCACUAGCUCUCUGGGUCCUGGGGUGCUUCUCCCUGCUCCUCUGGCUGUGGGCACUAUGCACAGCCUGCCACAGGAAGCGAGCUCAGAGGCAACAAACUGGGCAACAGGGCAGCUUGAUACCAGUGGAAAUGUCACUGCUGAGACAGACCCAUCUCUGCUCCCUCAGCAAGUCUGACACCAGAUUGCAUGAGCUGCGCCGAGGCCCACGCUCCAGCAUAGCCCCACGGCCUGCUAGCAUGGAUCUCCUGCAUCCACACUGGCUGGAGAUGUCCAGGGGUAGCACCAGGUCUCAGGUACCCCCGUCUGCCUUUCCACCACGGCAGCUGCCCAGGGCCCCUCCUGCUGCCCCUGCAACUGCACCUUCUCCUAUCCCUGAGGUCACUUAUUCCAAUGUGGGGCUGGCUGCAAUUCCCAGGGCCAGCCUGGCUGCUAGCCCUGUGGUGUGGGCUGGAACACAGCUGACCAUUAGCUGUGCCAGGCUUGGUCCUGGGGCUGAGUAUGCCUGCGUCCAGAAGCACAAAGGGACAGAGCAGGGCUACCAAGAAUUGCAGCAGAAGGCUAAGGUGAUCCCAGCUACUCAGAUGGAUGUCCUGUACUCCAAGGUCUGCAAGCCUAAAAGGAAAGACCCAAGACCUGUCACAGACCAGCUGGAUCCCUAUGGUGGGAGGGCAGUUCUGGCCCUUGAGAGUGGUGUGGAAUAUGAGGCCAUCGCUCUCAGGGGCCAGGAUAUGAACCAAGGGCCCUUAGAAAAUGUGUAUGAAAGCAUCAGGGAGAUGGGUCCCUGAGCAGUUGAGCCCCCAUAUCCUGUCUAUUAACAUGCAUUGAUACAGAAAGAGUACCAAGGCUUCUGCCUCAGCAGAGUUUGGUUACAGCUCCUCUGUGUCCUUCCACCCCAAAUCUCAGUCCUGUGGCCUAAUUAAAUUUCUGUCACAUAA